AUGGGAACAAAGGUGCACUGUGAAAGCUUAUUCCCUGGACAUCAACAUCACUCUAUGAGAGAUCUCAACAACGAAUCCAACGGUUGUAGAUGGCCAUUGUUCUAUGCUGACAAGAAAGCCUCUGCGAAUGAUCAAUUCUACAAUGACAAAGAUGUGGUGAGAAGGACAAUGCUUGAACACGAAGCCGUUUUUAAGGCACAGGUUUUGGAACUUCACCGGGUAUACAGGAUACAGAGAGAUAUGAUGGAUGAACUGAAAAGGAAACAGUUUAAUAAAGAAUGGUUUCCAAACGAGGCAUCAUGUUCAUCUCAAGCUACUAAUGAUGAUCUCCGUAAAUGGAAAAUGCCUAGCUUCCCUUUAGCAAACUCGGUUUACGAUAUACCAUCGAUGUCGGUAGUGGAGGAUAAUGGCAAUUCUCCCAUGAAAGGAAGCUAUUCUCAAGGGGUCAUUGGUCCUGUUCCAUGGCAGAAUGGUGCUAGCUCCAAGAAUGUUGAAACGUUGGAGGUUAGACCGACGAAAAUCAGGAGAAAGAUGAUAGAUCUUUGUCUUCCUCCGGAUGAUGAGUACAUUGAUGAUAAUCAAGAAGUUGUAGAGUUGAAAGACAACAGGGUUAGUCAGCUUCCUAAUGGAGAUGUGAAGACUGGGUAUGGGUCAAGUAGUAGAAGCAAUGGCUUGGCUGAUUUGAAUGAACCAUUUAAGGGUCAAGAAACAAAUGAGUUUGCUAGCCAUAUUCGUGACUACGGGAAAGUUUUGAACUCAGGCAGUGUAAGGGAGCAUGCUCCUGUUAUCUCUCUGCAGCCACAUCAGCCCUUAAGAAUUGGUAAGAUGAUCCACCAAGUUGAUCAUAAUAGUGGCAUACAUAAGUCUGCUACUCCAUUUCAUCAACCUGCCAAGCCACUGUUGGAUUCAUCUUCUCAGCAUAUGCAAGUUUUUAUGAAUAGUUCUCAAAGAGUAAUGGGUUUACCUAAUCCUGGUCCUUCAAGUAAGGCAGUCUUGUGGAAAGAAAGGACGUUUAUUGACCUAGAAGCUGAUACUGAUACUAACACUAGUCAUGAAGUUGCUUCUCAUCAACCACGCCAUUUGUAUCCAUACAAUUCUCCAGAUUCUUCUGUCCCUUGGAACCAUAUGCAUUCUUCUUGGCAAAAUCCUAGCCUUGUCUUCCCUCAGAGAGUUGCUUCAGAGCAGAGGUACCCGGUUAAUGUUCAGAAACAAGGGGGGCUCGGAGAUAGAUUACAGUUUGAAAGCAAUGCUAGAUAUAACUCAGGGUGUGGGAACAACAACCACAACAUGUUUAACAAUGAGUGCUCUUCUUCUUCAUCGAAAUCGAAAUUCUCUGGGACUGGCUAUACUGCUUAUCCUAACGGAGGAAGAAGUGAUUACAGGCCGGGAAAACCAUCGUUGGAAUCAAAUGGCUCGGAGGUGAAGUUUGUGAGAGAUUUGAACUUGAAUGUGACACUUUUUUCAAACACUUCUGUUGUUGAAGUCAGAAAGGACGAAGAAGAACGUCUAGCUACUUUACCAUGGCUUGUUAAACCCAAGUCUACUUGUAACUCUGAGGUGGCUGAUGUGAGACAGAAUCAGAGGAGUAUUGGUGCUGUUCAGAGGGAGGCAGAGACCGAGAAGAUCAACACUAACUUGAACAUUCCUAGAGAUGAAUGCAAUGCAGAAAGAGGUAAAGUUAGGAUGAUGCUAGACAUCAACGAACCGUGUGAACCACUUUCAGAUGCAGAUGAGCAAAUGGAGGAACAGACCGGGACAAAGGUUUCGGUUAGUAAUAAGUGUCAUAUUGAUUUGAACAUGUCGGUUAGUGAAGAGGAAGAAGAUGAAAACUGGUCUGUUCCUACUAGUUCAAGACUGACUUCAAAGACACUCAUGAUAGAUUUGGAAACUGUUCCUGAGUCUGAUGUUGAAGAAGAAGAAGAUGAUGUCUCUAGAGAAAAACCUCCAGAAGAGUCCCCAACACUUGAGAAACAGCCAGAGUUUGAAAAAACAGCAGCAGAGACAAUAGUUGCCAUCUCUUUAACUUGCUUCAAUAGAGAGCUUGAAGCUGUUGUUGCUUCAUCAGAAACAAUCAUCCUUCACUGGUUUGCAGAAACAGUAGACACUCACAGAGACAAUCUAGACCAAAAGCUCGCUUCUCUCUCAAGGAACCAACAACGUUCCAUCGAAGAGAUAGACUACUUCGAGUCAAUGACCUUACAACUACCUGAGACCACAGAAGAAGACUACAUGCCUAAGCCAUUAGUCCCAUCAGACCUCAUAUUACAGGAAACCUCUGCAGUCACAAGCCACCAAAGACCAAGAAGAGGAAACGCUAGAAAAGCAAAACAAAGACGAGACUUCCAAAGAGACAUACUCCCUGGACUUUUGUCUCUUACGAAACACGAAGUAACAGAAGACAUUCAUAUGUUUGAUGGGUUCAUGAGAGCAGCAACGGGUAGCUCCUGGACUCCAGCGAGGAAGAAAACCGGGUCAAGAGGAAGACCGAGACGGGUCGUUACAGUUCCUGAACCGGUUUAUUAUCCUUCGGUUCAGCAACAUGUGGGGAACAAUGGUGAGGUUGAAGAUAGAAGCUUUGCAGGUUGGGGUAAAAUGACAAGAAGGCCGAGGAGACAACGUUGUCCUCCUCCGCCAACUGUAACUACUACUACAAGUAACCAACGUCACGCGCCUUUCACUUGGGGUAGAAAAUUCAGCAGCAAAUCUGAGGAGACAACGAGUUCGAACUAUUCAUUCACAGAAGCCACUUGUAUGCAACAUUGGCGUAAAAACUGGGAAAGCAAGAGAAGGAACCGGUUAACAUCGAGUACAUUCGCUCAAGCCAUCGGGUUCUGGCCAAACCGUAGAGUCCAACUCUGGUUAGAGAAAAUCGGAGCUAAAGAGCCGUUUUCAGGAAACGCGGCCACGUGCUGGACCAAGAUCAAAGAGCUUGAAGCACUCAAUCGUUACCACGUUUUAACGGGACACGACUUUGUCUUCCCCGAGUUCGUCACUUCACAAGAAGACUGGUUAGGAGCUUCACCAGAUGGAGACAUGUACGGUUUGGUCAACAGAGGAAUGCUCGAAGUGAAGUGUCCGUACGGAGAGGCUUAUCCGUGGAAGAAAGUGCCGUGGCAUUAUGUGCCACAAGCUCAGGGGUUGAUGGAGAUUAUGGGGAGAGAUUGGUUGGAUUUGUAUUGUUGGACUGUUAAUGGGAGUAGUCUUUUUAGGAUUGAGAGAGAUUCUUUGUUUUGGAGGGAGAUGAAACCAACGCUUGUUGAUUUUUGGGAGAGGCAUGUUGUUCCUGGGAGAGACAGGUUUAGUGAUGGUUCUAUUGUAAUAACAGAUCCUUUGGUGGAGCUGGUAGAGUUUGUGCCUGAAUCUAGACAUGAACGGUGUAAUCAGAUUUUGCGUGGGACUGAGAGGAUUAUGGAUCACUCUUGUAAGCGUUUGUUUUAUGAAAUUAAUGGCCAGAUCUUAGACUGA